GCUUAACUUCUUACUCAAUUCGUGCUGAACUAAUCUCGCUGGGAAACGGUAAUUUAAAUAACGCCGUUCGAGGCUGACUAUCUACCCUAUCCAGAUUUUUAUAAUCCAUUCAGCCUCGGUCAUCCGCAUUCAAGCUCUAUGGCUUUUAUUUCCAUUGCCCCUCUCACGUGGAACAGGGUUGGUGCGCUAAUCGCAGUUUCUUCGCGGGUGCGUAGUACUUGUAUCUUUAGUUUGCGGGCCACGUAUACCACAACCAUACUGGAUUUAGCUCGGCACCCAAUAUACACUAUACCAUGUAAUGAAUCGGGCAUCCUUAACAGGCUGCCCCACAAUGCGGUUCCGUUUUAACACCUACAUCCAAACUCGCCUCUACCAACAGAAAGGGAUUUCGUUUCGUACAAUGUCUGCUGCAAUACAGGAGCACUAUCCCCCGGACUGUCGGUUAUCGACCAUAACGGCUGAAGGCUUUACCGCU